AAGUGACCCACAGUUUUCAAAACAGUUUGCACUUGUGUGUUACUUACUCAGGAGGAAAACAUGGUGAGCAGAUUUGAACAUCCAGCUGGUAGCUACAAGAAAAUCUUUGAGACAUGUGAGGAACUUGCUGAACCUCUGCCAGCAACAGUCACAGGUAGAAUUCCUUCAUUUCUGAAGGGAAGUCUUCUCCGUUUGGGACCUGGACUCUUUGAGGUUGGAGAUGAACCCUUCUAUCACCUCUUUGACGGACAGGCCCUCAUGCAUAAAUUCGACUUCAAGAAUGGCCAAGUCACUUACUACAGGAAGUUUAUUCAAACAGAUGCAUAUGUCCGAGCCAUCACAGAAAAACGUGUGGUUAUCACUGAGUUUGGGACAUUUGCCUACCCAGAUCCCUGCAAGAAUAUCUUCUCCAGAUUUUUCUCCUAUUUUAAAGGAGUUGAAGUCACAGAUAACUGCCUGGUUAAUGUUUACCCUAUAGGAGAGGAUUUCUAUGCCGUUACAGAAACCAACUACAUCACUAAAGUGAACACUGAUACCUUGGAGACUCUGAAGAAGGUUGACAUGUGCAACUUCGUAAACAUCAAUGGCAUCACAGCUCACCCCCAUAUUGAGCAAGAUGGUACUGUAUACAACAUUGGAAACUGCAUGGGAAAAGGUGCAACACUAGCCUACAACAUUGUGAGGAUUCCUCCCACGCAGAAAGAUAAGUCAGACCCUAUUGAGAAGUCCAAAGUGGUGGUUCAGUUUCCCAGUGCUGAGAGGUUCAAGCCAUCUUACGUGCACAGCUUUGGCAUGUCAGUAAACUACUUUGUCUUCGUUGAGACUCCAGUGAAGAUCAACCUGCUGAAGUUCCUCAGUGCCUGGAGCAUCCGAGGUUCCAACUACAUGGACUGCUUCGAGUCUAAUGAAAGCCAAGGAACAAUUUUCCACGUUGCCAGGAAAGACCCUGGAGAGUACAUCGACCUGAAGUUUAAAGGAGCACCGAUUGGCAUGUUCCACCACAUCAACACCUAUGAGGAUCAAGGAUUCAUUGUUGUUGACCUUUGCUCAUGGAAAGGAUUUGAGUUUGUUUACAAUUACUUGUGGCUGGCCAACCUGAGAGCCAACUGGGAGGAGGUGAAGAAGGCAGCCAUGAUGGCGCCCCAGCCAGAAGUGCGGCGAUAUGUCAUCCCUCUGGAUGUCCACAAGGAGGAGCAGGGGAAGAAUCUUGUGAGUCUGCCAUACACCACCGCCACAGCAGUUAUGCAUGCUGAUGGGAUGAUCUGGCUGGAGCCUGAAGUGCUUUUCUCUGGACCUCGCCAAGCCUUUGAGUUUCCACAGAUUAACUACCACAGGUAUGGAGGAAAGAAUUACACAUAUGCCUAUGGCCUUGGACUCAACCAUUUCAUACCAGACAGGAUCUGCAAGCUGAAUGUGAGGACCAAGGAGACUUGGGUUUGGCAAGAGCCUGAGUCAUAUCCCUCAGAGCCCUUGUUUGUUCAGAAUCCAGAUGGGAUAGAUGAAGAUGAUGGUGUCCUCCUUACCAUUGUGGCAGCUCCUGGUUCCCAGAGGCCAGCAUAUAUGCUCAUCCUAAAUGCCAAGGAUCUGUCAGAGAUCGCAAGAGCAGAAGUGGAGUGCUCCAUUCCCGUCACCUUUCACGGGAUGUAUAAACAGUGAUGAUCCAGUCCAGUUGUAUAAAGUACCACUCAGCAUUUAAAACAAUGAUGACAAUAAAAAACACCUCCAUGCCAGCAUAAUCAUUUUUAGAGAGAAAAUGAUUUAAUUGUUUUGUAAUUCAAGUACAAAUUACUAAGUGGGUCGUAUUAUUAUGAAUCUGAAGAAAUGUCUUAAGAAAAGAACUGACUGUUUCACAAAUAUGCACAACUUCAAGUAAAUAACAUCCUGGUGUUGAUUUAUUUCUAAAGACUUUUUGAACAUGCUGAUGAUUGUGGUUACUUGGCACCACUGCAACUGUGUUACAACAAUGACCCAAAUAAAAGGUUCCUUAAACUCCA